AAGACAAGGAUUCUUUGGAUGUGCGGAGCACCCUGGUAUUAUUGCCUGAUCUUCAAGCAGAAAGACGGCUCUCGGCCUUUCCGCGACAAAUAUAAUCGCGAGCGAAGAGUCUGCUCCGUCCGUUGAAUUCUGCUACCUAAAAAAUGCGUGGCUUGAGUUGUGGUCUCGUGAGGUUCAGGCGUUUAUGCCAAAGCACGACGUCGGUCUUUCGGACCUUGUUCGCCACGACGAGUAACCCCGAGGUCCUUAUGCGGCUUCGCAUCCUGGGUAGCUUAAUCGUUCUGUCUAUCUUUAUGGCUCAUUAUAUAUAUUAUAACGUCCUACAAAUGGAAGAAAAGUUAGGUUGUCUUUCCUCUAUCAUUGUUGUCAACCUAAAGCCCAACCCCAGGUAUUGCAAUGCCUGACACAAAUCCCCCAACGAGCGACCUCCAUGUUCUCAUUAUCGGGGCUGGUAUCACAGGCCUUGUGCUAGCCCAAGGACUGAAAAAGGUCAGUUGCUUUCAAUUCACAGGCUUC